AUGGAUCCAUAUUAUUCUCCUCCAACAUCAUAUUAUUAUCAAUCAACAUGUCCUUUACAUGAUACAUCUUCAUCAUAUUUAUCUGAUACUUAUGUUGAUCCUUAUUCAUCAUAUCCAUGUCAAUCAACAUCAUAUUAUUAUCCAAUGUGUAAUGAUCAUACAACAUCACCAAUGGGAUUUUAUAAUAAUUCAACAACAAAUAUUUGUGCUCAACCAACGUAUUCAAGACCACAAACAAAUGUACAAGUUUCACCAACAAAUAUUCCAGUUCAUCAUCCAACACAAUUAUUGAAUACAACUUUUGAAUUAGCUCCUCCAACAGGUCGACGACGUCGUCAACGAACUAUCUUUUCAAAAGACCAAGUUGAUAUACUUGAUCAAGUAUUUGAAAAAAAUCAAUAUCCCGAUAUACAACUUCGUGAACAACUUUCUGAACAGCUUGAUGUUCCUGAAGCUCGUAUUCAAGUUUGGUUCAAAAAUCGACGAAGCCGUGCUCGAACAACAAAAGCAACAAAAUCAUAA